ACCUGCUGCACCCACUCGCCUCAAGCCACCGCCCGCUGCAACCAUACUUCCUCCUUGUCCACUUCUAUAAACGUAUAGAACUCUGUCAUACACAACAUGUCGAGAGCCCAGCAACAACCCUAUGCAACCACCGGGCGACCGGCCUUCGCUCCCCUCCAAUCCUCAUCUUCUUCACACGCAACGAGCUAUAGCAGCACCUCAAGUCUCGCCUCACAAGCGUCGAUUGCCUCGGCAACGAUGCCUGCACCAUCCUCGAGUCCCCAGCCGCAGCAGUUCUAUGGCUCGCUGAACCAGCAAACGCAGCAACCCCACGAACAACAGCGAAUGCAGGCCGUGCGACGACACCCCAGCUUCGAUUAUCAGCCAAACAGAUCAGGCUCAGGCCAGACUGCUGCUGAGACUACUACCUACCUCAACCAGGCGGUGUUGCUCGCUGAAGCAGCCAAGAGGGCACAAAUGGCUUGCGUUAUGCGCGAUAUUGGGGACAUGGAACUCUAGUGUCCCUUUCAGACCGUCUAUAACACACUCCAUCGUCUUCCUCGACACAAAAUCCUCUUAUGGCGAUGGCAUGGAGAUUCUCCGAGGGUUUUGCGGAUAAAAUCGGCUUUGCACACCAUCACACUACCUUCAUCCCAAAUAGAGUGGGUCCGGAUAUCAGAUCCUUCGAACAUCACGAGAGCCUCACUUUACUUUACACGACAUGCCUCGGAACAAUUUCGCACGGGCCCUUUAUGGCACUUGGACUACGUGGCACAUCCUUUCUGUUAGCGCCUCCGUCAUCCCUUCAUCCAUGCCAGCAAGGAUGACUUCACUUCUAUUGUACAUAUUUACACCGUCUCGUUUGUGAUUACGGCUUCCUUAUUCCCCACAAGCGAUUACUUUCAAGCAUUCAAUAUCCUUCAUAGCUGGGAGUUACGCGGCGAACACAUUACAACAGGAU